CUCUCGCCGACCGCUGCUCGGACCAAUAAGCAGCGUGUGACGUCACCCCUUGGCUAGAGCGAGUACAUUCUCAGCAGACACUCCGGCGCCGCCAUUUUCUUGUGGCUCAUUCGCUUCUCCAGAAAACCGGGUCACGAAGAUGGAACGCCUUUUAUCGCACUGGGGACAUAGAGGCGUGGACAUUCUGUAUGCACCGGCUACAUCGCCGGGUGACGGUCUGAUCGUCACCCGGCGAUAACCGCUAGGUGUUACGCGUUGCUCAGCAGAGCGGCGGCGGCCAUUUUCUUCCUAUCGCCGCGAUAAUAAAUGUCGUAUCGCCGCAAUUUACCAUGUCUGUACUGAUCCGGUGCAGAGGUCGCGCAUGCGCAGGCAGCACUCUGUGCACCCUGACCCGCACUCUGGGUCCGGUCACUGGUGUGGUGGGGACUCAGGUGGUCUGCCACAGCCUCCUUCAUUGUGGAGGGAAGAUGUAUUCCUACAGUAGCAGCGGGGAGGACACAGGAACUCAGGAACUGCAUCCUUCUAAGAAAUGUCGAAAACUAGGAGACAAAACCGAUGCGAAAACUUCCAAUGAUAAACGGAGGAGGUCAAAGCGUUUCACCACUGCCGAAAAUGCCGCCCUGGUUGAUGGGGUAAUACAGCACUAUAACCAGCUAUUUGGGAGGUCUCACGUCACCACCGGUGGCAAGGAGGCUAUUUGGCAGCGGAUAGCGGAUUCUGUGAAUGCAGUCGGUGUCUGUCGGCGGCGGGGUGAUGUGUGCAAGAAAAGGUUCAAUGAUUGCAAAGGCACCGUGAAGAAGAAACUCUCCCUCAUCCAACACCCUGUCAGGGGAUCUGGGCCUUCGGUGCGCAUUGAACUACUGGAGUGGGAGAAGAAAUUGCGGGAUCAUUUUUCGCCCGAGGCCGUGACCGGAGUUUCUUCCGGCCUUGACACCGGCGCUGAGUCGACGCUACGCAGAUUUGGUACAGAAGACAUCAGUGAAUCAAAACACAGAUUACAACUUUUCGUGCCAUCACAGAACAAGUCGCCAAGAACUGACCCACAAUGGCCCCAGUUCACCAGAGCCUCUGUUGCAACCGAUAUCCAAAACAAAGGGAUAUACGUUGACGAUUUUCCGAAAUUCUCAAAAUGUGUGCAAUUUUUAGAGUCGGCACAAGAAAACGCCCAACAGUCUCACCCAACAGUGUCAUCUGGGGGAAAACGAAAAAGAAAAGAGAAGCAUCUUUUAUCUGGAACCUUAGCAGCUUUUCAGGAGUACCCAGUCCUGAACUCCAUAGGUUAUACAGAUGUUCCCAUAAGACUCGGUCAAAAGCAACCGUGGUCUGAAACGCCGAUAGAGGACAAAUUGCAUCCAGUGUUCCAAGUCCAAGGUAUUCCGGAAACAAUGACAAUCUCUAAUUCUGUAGAGCACGAUUAUACAUUGUCAAUGGCAAAGACACCUGAAGAGGAAGAAGCUCACAGAGACAACGGAGAGGACAAUGAGGUCUUGUCCGCAUGUCAUUAUACAUCUGAUGAGCUCUCCGAUCAUUCUGAAGAUCGCCCUAUUGUAGAAAACGACGCUUUUUGCCCCAACCAAGUUUUACCACCGGAACAAGAAGACACUAUUAGUUCUUCCUCAUCCAUCCAUAUGAAGGUGGUGGCGCGAGAACCUGAGCAGACAGAAACCUUUACAAUUGGAGAUCCCAAUGCUGUCCCCACGAUGGAACUAGUGGACAAUCUUUUCAAUUCUACAUUACAUCAGUUUAGGAACCUUAUAAAAGAGGAGGUGGGAGGCAUCCGAAAUGAACUGAGAGACUUGCGACUAUCCGUGGAAGAUCUGUCGCACGCUCACGUACAGAAUCAGAGAAACAUAGCAACUUCCUUUCUGGUUAUGGCAGAAUCUAUAAAGGCGAUGUCCCAAAGCCAUAAGGAAAUGUUGUUGUUCCAAAAGCAAAUUUUAGGCGUCCUCCGCUGCACAGAGCAACCUCAGACGUCUGAAUCACCCACGGAAGAUGACGAGAACGAACUAUCGAGUGUGGCUGCAGGCUCGGCGUCCGCCCAUGCUAGUCCACCAGUGACCCCUGAGAAGUCACCUAGAACGAAACGGAGCAUCAAGCCACCGCAACGCUUCAAGGAGCAUUAAGGCGAGAGAACAGAAGUCGGUGUUCAGAAUGUUAAUAUUUUAAAUAUUUUUAAUAGGUAUCGCUAAGAUAAUGAUAAUGUAUCGUUUACAUUUUAUUUCUUCUGUGUGGCCAAAACCAAAGCAUGAACUCGGCAUUAACAGAUAGAAAAGAUAAAUAUAUGAAGAAAACAUAUAUAUGUAUUAUUAUUUUUUUUAAUGCAUUUAACCUUUGUGUAUGUAAAGUCAUCUUUACAUAUUAUUUUCAAAAACAUACAUACGGUUUUCUUUUGUAGAGCUAUAUAGGCUUCUUGAAGCCAUAGUAUCUCAUGAAAUGUUACUGUAGUAGACAGACACUGUGAAUCCCUUGGAACCUGAUGUUGACCUUUAAUAAAUAUGAGGUUUUAUUAACGCCUAGCAAAGAAUAGGCCUCUUGAAUGAUUAAUAUCAGCAACAUAUUAGGGGAGAAACAGUUUUUUCAUUGCUGCCAUUCAUUUUCUAUGGCAAAAUUUCUCAAACUCAAAUUACAGUCCAGGUUUUAAGGAUAUCUAUGCUUGCAUCCAGAAGGUUAAAUCCAUAGAAAAUGAAUAUUUAUUCAAGUUUACAGAUACUUUAGAAUUGUAAUAAGUCCUCUCAAUAUUGUUGUAUAAUUUAGCAAUGAGAACAUUUGAAGUUUAGAUUUAAUUAUUUAUAGACGUGGACUGUGUUCUGUUUAUUUUUGUACAAUUUUCAUAUUGUUCUAUUUUUACACUACAGUU